AUGAUUGUUACACAGCACUGCCCGCCUUUAGUUUGUUUGUCUGGAGCUUGUUUGCCCUUUGCCUUCUACAUCCCACGACUUCUCCUUCUCUCGUCUCAAUCGUUCCCACUAUCAGAUAUUGGAACAAUGGGUGGAUUCCUUGACUUCUGUUACCGUCAGCUGACUUAUAAGCCAAAGCCUCUUCCCACCGCGGUCUCUUUCGUCGGCAAGAUAGCGCUCAUCACAGGCGCAAAUAGUGGUUUGGGCUUAGAAGCUGCCCACGAGCUCGCUUCCCAUGGAAUCUCAAGACUUAUCCUCGCAGUACGUGAUGCAGAGAAAGGAGAAUCUGCCAAGACCUCGAUUCUCGCGCGUUCUGCAGAAACAAAUGUUGAAGUACUAGACUAUGCCUUGCUCAACGCUGGCCUGAAGAAGAUGGAAUACAGUACCGCGAAUACUGGACACGAGCUGAACGUCCAAAUCAAUCACAUCGCGACUUCAGCAGUUUCUUUUGCUGCUGUGCGUGCACUGAGUGCGACGGCCGGAAAGACGCACGUACCAGGUCGUUUGACCAUCGUUUCUUCCGAGGGCCAUUUCUGGAUUCCUUUCAAGGAAAGACACGCCGAGAAGAUCUUGGAAAGAAUGGAUGAUAAAGAAACGUUUGGAAGCCAAAUGCAGAGAUACUACACAACGAAGUUGCUCAAUGUACUUUGGACAAGAAGCCUCGCAGAGAAGAUUCCCGCUACUGAGAUCAUCAUCAACACAGUGAAUCCGGGAUUCUGCUACAGCGGAUUGCAUCGGCAUGAAGGCACUGGCAUCAUCAAAAUCUUCCUGUGGAUGUUCGGGUGGACUAGCGAGCAGGGCGGGCACUGUCUAGUGGAUGCUCUAACCCAGCACGAUAAUUCACACGGAAAGUAUCUCAGUGACCAGAAGGAGACAGACCCUUCGCCUUUCGUCCUGUCGGACGAAGGAAAAGCCGAUACGAAGAGGAUUUGGGAGGAAACCACUGCCUUACUUCGAAAAGAAGCGCCUGGCGUUGAUAUGUCGCCGUUGGUUUAG